CAUUCUGGCCGGCCUCGUGAGAGCUCUGCAGAGCUGAGCAGACCCUGCUCUCUGCCGCCCACUAGGCUCCUGGCACAUUCCCUAACCAGCGCCCGCAUCCACCCAGAUCCUUGCUGGGCAGUGCUCUGAGACCGGAGAAUCCAGUAAGCGUCACAGCAAAACGGACAGUGGACGACCCUUGGAACAAGGAGGUGAGAUGAAGUGGAAAUUCGGGGCUUGCUUUAAAGUUCCAGCCCCUCCUGUCGGGGGGAAAAAUAGAAAAACAAGAUGGAAAAUAUGUUAUUUUGGUUGGUAAUUUUCGUCUCUGGAUGGACCCUCUCUGACGGGUCUGAAACAGAACCAGAUUUUACGUGGCAUUUGAGCAGACUACCCCGGGUUGUGAGUGAGAGGACCGUCCGUCUUGCCAGCCCCACGUUCCAGGCAGAUGCUGGGGUCGUGAUGACCAGAGUGUGCGGCAUCGAAUGUCAGGAAGAGCUGCCGGCGCCCAGCCUUUCCCAGCUCGAAGACUCACUUUCCUUUGAGACGGUCUUUGAGAAUGGCACCAGAACCUUAACCAGGGUGAAAGUUCAAGAUCUGGUCCCAGAGCCCACUCGAAACAGCAGCAUGAAAGGACCACGCCCUAGGAGGAGGAGGAGGCAGGUGUACGGUACAGACAGCAGGUUCAGCAUCUUGGACAAAAGGUUCUUGACCAAUUUCCCUUUCAAUACAGCGGUGAAGCUGUCCACCGGCUGCAGCGGCGCCCUGGUCUCCCCCACUCACGUGCUCACAGCUGCCCAUUGUGUCCACGAUGGGAAGGACUAUAUCAAAGGCAGUAAAAAGUUGCGGGUGGGAGUGCUGAAGAUGAGAAAUAAAGGAGGCCGCAAGAAACGCAAAGGUUCCAAGAGGAGCCGGAGAGAAGCAGAGGGUGGUGGCCGAAGUCACAGUGGUCAAGAGCAUCCUCAGGAGAGCGCCACCCGAAGACGGGGAAAGGGAUCCAGGAGGGGUCCGAGGGUCACCCAAGGGAGUCCCUCCUUCCAGUGGACUCGAGUCAAGAGCACCCAUAUUCCCAAAGGCUGGGCGAGGGGAGAGAGUGGGGACCCGGCCUUAGACUACGACUACGCCCUCCUGGAGCUGAAGCGAGCGCACAAGCAGCAGCAUAUGGAGCUAGGAGUCAGCCCCACCAUCGCCAAGCUGCCUGGAGGCCGGAUCCACUUCUCCGGGUUUGACAAUGACAGGGAUGAUCAGUUGGUGUAUCGGUUUUGCAGCGUUUCAGAGGAAUCCAAUGACCUCCUGUACCAGUACUGUGAUGCUGAGGCAGGCUCCAUCGGCUCAGGAAUCUACCUGAGGCUCAAAGAGCCCGGCAAAAAAACCUGGAAGCGCAAGAUCAUCGCGGUCUACUCAGGCCACCAGUGGGUGGAUGUACACGGGGUUCAGAAGGAUUAUAAUGUGGCUGUGCGCAUCACCCCGCUCAAAUACGCCCAGAUUUGCCUCUGGAUCCAUGGAAAUGCAGCCAACUGUGCUUAUGGCUGAGGAAAAACUGAAGCGAGUCCAUGCACAUCCUGAAUGCCAGAGAAAGCCAGCUCUCAGAGACCACUCACAGGCUAUGCUUGGACUCGGACCUAUCGGUGGAAUGCCAGUGUUUUUUACAGACUUCCUUUAUCAAAACUAGGUAACUUUCUCUAAGUUAGAACGUUUAGGUACAGAUAAUGAAACUAGGUGGCACUUCAGCAUCAAAUAUAUACUCUAUGUGGUGGUACAUUUUGUUGCAGGAAAGCACAGUUUACUUGGGCCUUCUGUGAAACUAGACACUCUUUAAAAGGUCAAAGCAGAACUGUAUUAUGACUUCUCAAUGGGCUUGCUCUUAGAGCCCUACUCUAGGAAGAACCAGGUCUUCUGUGAAACUAGACACUCUUUAAAAGGUCAAAGCAGAACUGUAUUAUGACUUCUCAAUGGGCUUGCUCUUAGAGCCCUACUCUAGGAAGAACCAACUUGAAUGGAAAAAUACCAAGAUUUGUAGUAACACAAUUAGAAUCGGGAGACAAGGAUGUUAAGAGAUGGAGCCAUUCCGUUGUGCUCCUGCCCUCAGUGUUUAUAUGCAUUUUUCUCUUGGUACCAAGAAACUUAUUUUAAGAACUACAGAUCAAAACAUAAAAAUUCCAAAUCAAAAGAAGCAGUGAGCUUUAUAAACAAAACUAUUAACUAUGGUUUUAUAAAAAGAAAUAACAAAUCAGUAUCAAUGUGUCUGUCAAAAACUAGAGAAACACUUUGUUCUGUGCAAUGAACCAACUUUAAGUAUAUUGAAAGCAGAGGUAGUUUUUUUUUAUUAUUGUUUUGUUUUGUAGCCCUAGCUGUCCUGGAACUCACUCUGUAAACCAGGCUGGCCUCGAACUCGCAGAGAUCCACCUGCCUCUGCCUCUGCCUCCAGAGGGUCUGGAUCAAAAGCGUGGGCUACCACCGCCUGCUUGAAAGCUGAGACACUUUAAGAUCUCCAGUUUUUAUUUAACUAAUUCUCAAGAUAGGAAGCUUUCAAGGAGUGCAGAGAGGCCUCUUCACAAGCUAUGAUCCUGCCUUGAAUGCCAGGUCCUGUCGUGUCGUACUGUUUACUGUGUGUAAGGUGCUAUGCUUUUAGAGCAAGGAAUUUUGAAGUCUUUUUAAAAAAUUAACCCACUUGCCCCAAACCCUGAGAUAGCAAAGAUGGUUCUGAUGGUUCUCAUUAGAGACCCAGGUGGCAUCGUCACUCUGGCUCCCAAGUAGCAUUAAGAUGUUAGUCACCAGCUAGAGCAAAAUGCAGAGCAAGCACUUAGGGCAUUCCCCAUGAACGGACAAGUGUGGGGUGGAUGGCUACAAACAGGGUUAGGGCAGGGCAUUAUGCUUAAGCAGUUUCGAUGAUAUACUCAAGUACACUCUAAAAUUUAGUAAUCAGUGCCUGAUCUUCGCUCUAUUCUUUCUGGCAAUGUCUUUUCUUUUCUUUUCUUUUUUCUUUUUUUGGUUUUUGCGAGACAGGGUUUCUCUGUAUUGUUUUAGAGGCUGUCAGUCCAGCCCGGCCUCGAACUCACAGAGACCUGCCUGCCUCUGCCUCCCAAGUGCUGGGAUUAAAGGCGUGUGCCACCACCGACCUGGCCUUUCUGGCAAUUUCUAAGGCCACAUAUUCUUCUCUCAUGACACUCUCAACUCACUGCUGGGGUGAAAUCUUUUUUCUUUUAGAGGUGACCAAUAAAGACUAUAAAAUAAGAAAUUGUUAUUCCCUAUUUUUGUUUUCUGGUAUAUUCUUGAUUAGUAGGCAAAGUGGUAUCUUUGUUUGGGUUAGUGUAAUGAUUUCAUAAAUGGUGCUGAAAAUAUCCGCCAUUCUUUUAUAAUGUGAGUUGUUAAAAAUAGUUCAAUAAAAUUAAAAAACAAAGUGUA